CUUGAAACAGGUAAAUAACAGGUGGAAUGAAAAGGUAUAUAAAGUGUGAGGAGAGACUCGUGCUUUACCACACAUUUCUGCACCAGAGGAAAGACGCUUGCUUUCGCCUUUGUCUUCUGAAUACUUCGUUUUUGAGAGGUGUCAUCAUGGACAUGUUAAGGAGGGUCGGCCUGGUUUCGCUGUUGGUGUUGAGCACUGUGUUGUUUGCUGAAGCCCAGCCUGCUAACGUGAUGCCCCGCUACAAAAACUUCCUGAAUCAGCAUGUUUAUGGGGAUAUGGCUGAGAGUUGGUGUACCAGCGAGAUCAGAAGUAGGGAAAUCACUGAUGGUAACAGCAACAACUGCAAAAAAGUCAACACCUUCAUACGAGCCACGAAGGAACAAGUCAAGGCCGUGUGCAGCGUAGCCACAGGUGAUAAUAUAAGCGGCCAGCCUUUCUCUGUGGUCACUUGUAAACUUAAGAGUGGUGAAAGACGGCCAAAUUGUGAAUACAAAAAAGGUGAAAAGAGCAAUCGGUACAUUCGGAUUGCAUGUGACCAGGGUUGGCCUGUGCAUUACAAUGAAGGCUACAUUGUUGUAGGCUGAAAUUUUGAAAGGGAUUCAGAAUGCAUAUCUGAUAAAUCUGCAGCCAAACCAAUGUAUAACAAUCCUCAAUUAAUGCUUAUUGUUCUUAUUUUUAUUUGUAAAUUUUUACAGUAAAAAUCAUUGUGGUGGUUGUAUUGAAGCCAUAAAGACAUUGAAAAGUUAUUGAUCAUCUUUUAUUUCUCUGUACUACAUACACACACAAUACAUCUCUUUAAGUAGUCAUUUGUUUAACUGUUUAACAAAUAUAACGGCAUAAGAUUUAAAAGUUUUCUGUAUAAUUUCUAUGAAUUUAAGUUUAAAUAAAUUGUACAUCUAGUUCUAAUAUCCUUGAUCAAAUCAUUAAAGAAAAACACUAGUUAAAUUUUUUCCUGCUUUUGUUUGGUCUUUAAUAAAAUACGAAAUAAAUG